GGCCGCCCGCGCGGUGCUGGGUCGGGCGCCGCGGAGGGGCAGCUGCGCGGGCCGCGGCGGCCUCGGGGCACAGUGGGAGCCGGCGGGUCCCCGGGUCGCGCAGGUGCGGCCGCGGCCCCCGCGGACAUGCGGCCGGUCUCUUAGGACGAGGUGUUAGUUAGCAGGUAUUAAUAGAAGUAACUGAAAAUAAGAAUAUCCAGAAAUUAAGAUAAGAACUGAACAAUCCAAACCGGGAAGCACUCGUGUUUCAAGAUCUCUAAGAAGAGGCAGAGGUAGAUAAUAUGGAAUCAAAGGCUGAUAAAUCAAGUAGUGACGAUCUUUUACCAAGCAGCAUCACAACCAAUGGAGGUUCUUCAAGCCCAUUUUUAAUGUCAUCUAUCCGAAGUACAGUAAUUGAAAACGCAACUGGAACUUUGACACAAGUUCCUUUUUUCCCUAAAUAUGAAGUGGAACUUGAUUCUCAUAGAAAGGUCAUCCCUUACCCUGGAAAAGAGCAUAUUGAACGUGUUUUAGAAGAAUAUUCACAACAAGUUAAAGAUUUGCAGAGAAGACUAAAUGAAAGCAAUGAAUUACAUGAGAAACAAAAGUUCUACUUAAGACAGUCAGUCAUUGAUUUGCAAACAAAACUUCAAGAAAUGCAAAUGGAGAGAGAUGCCAUGGCUGACAUCAGACGAAGGGAGAGUCAGUCUCAGGAGGAUUUAAGAAAUCAGCUUCAAAAUACAGUCCAUGAGCUCGAAGCUGCCAAGAGCCUUAAGGAGGGCAUGCUGAAAGAGAGCAGCAGCCAGAUAGAGCAGCUACGAAAAAUGAUGCUUAGUCAUGAAGGCGUGCUUCAAGAAAUCCGAUCAAUCUUAGUUGACUUUGAAGAAGCCUCAGGCAAGAAAAUAUGUGAACACGACAGCAUAUCUACCAUGCACUUCCGCAGCCUGGGCUCAGCUAUUAGUAAAAUCCUAAGAGAAUUAGACACAGAAAUCUCUUAUCUUAAAGGGAGGAUAUUUCCAGUAGAGGAUCAGCUUGAAACACUGAAAUCUGAGUCACAGAACAAAAUAGAACUGUUACUUCAACAACAUCAAGAUCGGAUCGAGCAGUUAAUAAGUGAACACGAAGUUGAAAUAACAGGGCUUACGGAGAAAGCCAGCAGUGCUCGAAGCCAAGCCAACAGUAUCCAGAGUCAACUGGAAAUCAUUCAAGAACAAGCAAGGAACCAGAACUCCAUGUACAUGCGCCAGCUCAGUGACUUGGAGUCUACUGUCUCUCAGCUGCGUUCUGAACUGAGGGAAGCCAAGAGGAUGUAUGAAGAUAAGAUAGAAGAGCUGGAGAAGCAGUUAGUCCUGGCCAAUUCCGAGCUCACCGAGGCACGCACAGAACGGGACCAGUUCAGUCAGGAGUCAGGAAACCUGGAUGACCAGCUCCAGAAGCUGUUGGCAGAUCUCCACAAGAGGGAGAAGGAACUGAGCCUGGAGAAGGAGCAGAACAAGCGCCUGUGGGACCGUGACACAGGCAACAGCAUCACCAUCGACCACCUCCGGCGGGAGCUGGACGACAGGAACAUGGAGGUGCAGAGGCUGGAGGCCCUGCUCAAGGCCAUGAAGAGCGAGUGUCAGGGCCAGAUGGAGCGGCAGAUGGCAGCCAUUCAGGGGAAGAAUGAGAGCCUGGAGAAAGUGUCCUCCCUCACUGCACAGCUCGAAUCCACCAAGGAGAUGCUUCGCAAGGUGGUGGAAGAGCUGACAGCCAAGAAGAUGACCCUUGAGAGCUCUGAGAGGACAGUGUCUGACCUGACCGCUUCCCUCCAGGAGAAGGAGCGAGCCAUCGAGGCCACCAAUGCAGAGAUCACUAAGCUCCGCUCUCGGGUCGACCUGAAGUUACAGGAGCUCCAGCACCUGAAGAAUGAGGGGGACCACCUGAGGAACGUGCAGACAGAGUGUGAGGCGCUCAAACUCCAGAUGGCGGAGAAGGACAAGGUCAUUGAGAUUUUGCGGCAGCAGAUCGAGAACAUGACGCAGCUGGUUGGCCAGCAUGGACGAACCGCUGGGGCGAUGCAAGUGGAAAAGACUCAGCUAGAGAAAGAGAUCAAUGACCGCAAGCUUGAACUGCAGGAGUUUAAGAUUUUAAAGGAUAAAAAAGAUGCAAAGAUCCGGGAACUUGAAGCCAGAGUGAGUGACUUAGAACUGGAAAAGGUGAAGCUGGUGAACGCGGGCUCCGAGCGGCUCCGAGCAGUGAAGGACAUCAGACAAGAGCGAGAUCAGCUACUCAAUGAGGUGAAGACGAGUAGGACUGAACUAAACAGCCUCUCAGAGGACUAUGAAGUCUUAAAGAGGAAUUUUCGAAACAAAAGUGAAGAAAUGGAAAGCACUACAAACAAACUAAAGAUGCAAUUAAAAUCUGCGCAGACUGAACUGGAGCAAACAAGGAACACACUGAAGACCAUGGAAGGAUCCGACGGGCACGCUAUGAAGGUGGCCAUGGGCAUGCAGAAGCAAAUCACAGCCAAGAGAGGUCAAAUAGACGCCCUGCAGAGCAAGGUGCAGUUUUUGGAAGAGGCUGUGACAAGCGCCAACAAGGAGAGACAUUUUUUGAAAGAAGAGAAGAGUAAGCUCAGCCAGGAGCUGAGUUCUGUAGCAACAGAGAAAAACAAGAUGGCUGGUGAGCUAGAAGUGCUGCGGUCUCAGGAACGCCGCUUGAAGGAGAAGGUCGCUAACAUGGAAGCCGCCCUUGACAAGGCAUCUUUGCAGUUUGCAGAAUGUCAAGAUAUAAUACAGCGACAGGAACAAGAGUCAGUGCGCCUAAAACUUCAGCACACUUUGGAUGUGAAAGAACUUCAGGGCCCCGGGUACACCUCCAGUCCUUCAAUGAAGCCUCGCCUGCUCCAGCCAGCGACUGUAGCUCGUUCUCACUCCAACGUGCCUUCCUCCCAGUCUACGGCCAGCUUCCUGUCUCAUCACUCUGUGAAGACCAACACACUGAAGGACGACCCCACGCGGGACCUGAAGCAGCUUCUGCAGGAGCUGAGAAGUGUGAUCAACGAGGAGCCGGCCAUGCCCCUGAGCAAGGCGGAGGAGGAUGCCAGGAUGCCAUCUCUUGGAGCACUAGAAGAUAGAGUAAGAGACUGCAUCAGGGAAUCGAGCCUGAGAUCUGAGCUCUGCCACAGAAGCUCCAACUCCUUAAGGGAUUCCACUGAAGGCAGCAAAUCCAGUGAGACUCUUAGCAGGGAGCCAGUCACACUGCACUCAGGAGACCUGGAAGAUCCGUCUAGCUGCUUCACCUUCACAUCUACAGCAAGUCCAUCUGUGAAGAUGUCAGCUUCUCGCUCGUUCAACUCUUCUCCUAAGAAGUCUCCAGCUCACUCCCUCCUGACUAGUUCUGCUGAGGAGUCAGUAGGCUCCACAUCACAGUAUCGGUCUACCAAAGCUCUUCAUUCGACCGACCCUGCAAAAGAUUCACAGUCUCCGUCACUAGAAACAACAGGAAAAACAUGCCGAAAACUGCAGAACAGACUGGAAAGUUUGCAAACCCUGGUAGAAGAUUUGCAGCUGAAGAACCAAGCAAUGUCUUCAAUGAUCAGAAAUCAAGAAAAGAGGAUCCAGAAAGUGAAAGACCAAGAAAAAAUGCUACUAAAAUGAUGCAUUGCUUGCCUGCUCUCUAUAGAGGGCUGACGCCUGAUUAAUGGUGGUGUUACAUAUAAUUAGUGCCCUGUGGACUUUUUUCCUUUUAUGUGAAAUUUAAUAAAAGAUACCCUGUAAACUCUAUUUUGAAAUAAAGUUCUUGAAUGCUGUCACGGUAAAACACUCUCAAACACUCUCAGCAGCUAGAUUUGAGAGUAUUCAUAAAUUAUAACGUAUUAACUUAUGCUAACUUUAUCAUGUUGGUAUAAUUGUUUUAAAUUACUUUACUAGUUCUAAGAUAGUAGAGUCAUUUUUUUUUUCCAUUUAAAGAAAUUCUGAGUUCUGAGGGGAAAAAAACGUGUUCGGAUGGUGUUAAGGGAUACAGCGCCAAGAACAGAAGGACAAACUCCAGCAUGCUGGACAAACAGCAGCCUUUUUUUUGGUGACCUUGAACUCAUUGUUCUGUCAAUAUCAGUAAUCAAUAAGACUUUGGUGCCCCCAAUCAGAACUUUUAGAAAUCUCUCCUCUUGCAUAAAACUAAAGAAAGAAAAUACUUUGUUACUCUUUAACAAAUGAGUAGAUAACUUCUACAUUGAAUUAACAGAGUUUACCUUAAUGUUAAUAAACCAGGAGUAUUUGUAUACAAGCCAAAUAUAAUGAAACAAGGGCGACAGACCUGUGUUUCACUUGUACCCAAACAAAGUGGCACACAGUUGUCAUGGAGACAGCUGCCAAGCCAGAGGCCCCGUGUCCCCAACUGUAGGGUGAUCACCUGGCCAGUUAUCACAAGUGGAAUGGAAUGUGAGCAGGGAUCUGUGUUCCUUCAGGUCAAAGUGUUAAUGCUGCACUUGGUUUCUCAAGUCAUUUCCCUCCCACAAGUUGGGUGCAGAAAACGGGGAGGAUCCUUAGGGUGGUGGCACCACAGGGCAGAAGGGGCUCGUCUUGGGAGACUCUCAAGGGAGGGCAGCUGCUAGCUGGAAGAGCUGCUGACUGGGACAAGGUGUUGGUACCUUGUUAGGUGGGUGAUCUGCUACAGCAGCCAGUCCCUAGGAGGGUGUGCAUGCCCUCAGGGGAACAUUGUAAUGCUCUCAAGUGACAAAGGUAUCAUUCCUAGCACACCCAGCGUCAAAUGAUUAAAAUAGAUGUAUCUGUAACUAUAAAUAAUAGAUGUAUAUAUAUGUAUAUAUACAGUUUCUUAAAUCAGUUGGCUUUAAUGAAAGAUUAACUUUUAUUUCAUCAGGUAACUAGAAAUAGAAUUCUAGAGGCUUAUUUGAAUUGCUUUACUUCAUAGGGAUGCUUGAGCAUUGUGAAGUAAUGGCCAGGACCUUCUGCAGACCGCAUUAUGAGAUACAUAAGCAGAAUGUAUGAAUUCAUCUCAAAAGUGCUGUGAGCCCAAAGCUUCCAAACAGCAUGCUAAGCAGUUUCCAAUGCUGCCUCCCACUGAAUCUAGGAUUUUGUCAGCAGAGGCCAUCUUAUUAGCCAGGAUUAAAUACUGUUUUGCCAAUAGUUACUGUAGUGUUGUACUAAGACUGCUUUCACACAAAAACUCAUUUGAUCCAAAUGCUUGGAAGGUGGAAGUAGAAAAAUCAGGGGCUGAAGAUCAUCCUUAGCUACAUAGCAAGUUCCAGGCCAGUCUGGGCUAUCCAUCUCAAAACAGCAAAGCUGGGGUGUAACUCAGUUGUGGAGUGCUUGCCUGGCACUGCACAAAACUGGGUAUGGUGGCACACACCUAUAAUCCUAGCACUUGAGAAGUGGAUGCAGUUUCAAGGCAUACUUGGCUACAUAAUGAAUAUUGGGGUAAGCCUGGGGUACAAAAAAACUCUGCCUCAAAAAUUCCUUUCUAAGCAAAGUUUUUAAAAACAUUUAAGACUUUCAAAAAAAAAAAAAAAUUUUUUUAAACUUUCCCCAAGAGAGGGAAAACAGAUUCUCCAUGUCUGCUGUAACUUUUGAUGUUUGCUUUUCUCUCUAUAUGUAAAAUAUUAUACAGUUAUUUACUAUCUAGGUUAUAGUGCUAAAAUUGAAACAAAUAAUUUAGGCAUUUAAUAAAGAUACUAAAAUUCAGGAUUUAUUAUUCAAUUAUAACUUAAUGCUUAAUAAUUAUUUCUCAGAGCAAAGAUUCUUCUGUAUCAUGGUCCUAUAUAGAUUUUCACUCACUGGUAUGAAAGGAGAGUGAAGAGGUAACAGAUGGAAAAAAACUUCCUUAGGGCAGCCCAUUUGUUGAGAUCUGGUGGGAGUGGGGUGGGACAGCGGAGAUGGUCCGGCCAGGCCACUGUGGGUAGAGGACAGAUGCACCCUUUGCUGGAGCCAGACAUGGCCCUGUAACCCCCAGCCCUCAUAGAAGCAUACCCUUCAAGCCACCUCAGCAUCUCACAGCCUCUCAUGCUCUCCUUCCUGGAUGACCAACUCUGAUUAGGCUUUCAACCACUAAGACAAA